AUGUCCAACAGAAAGGCAAUCACUAAACGUACAAUAACCGUGCUUACCGCAUUGGGAAAUCCAGAAAGUACAUAUAAAAACACAAGGCAUAACGCUGGUCAUGUAGUAUUGGAUUCUUUGUUACAAAACCAUUUGAUACCGCGAAUCUGCAGAAAUACUAAUAAUUAUCAUUGGAAACCAUGGAAAAAUGGAAAAUUACACUACAUUUCUGCAUUAACAAAUAAUCUAGUUUUCAUUAGAAGUGAUGGUUUAUUCAUGAAUACAUGUGGCCCUGAUAUAAUAAAGUUUUGGAAAGAAUUAAAAAACGCAUUAAAAGACAGAAACACUGGGAAUAAUGAUUUGCAAAUCAAUCAUAUAGUAUUACACGAUGAGUUGGCUAAAGGAGUUGGCAAAAUACAAUAUAGGGAUUUCAAAACCAGUACAAGAGGUCAUAAUGGCCUGAAAAGUUUAUUAAGCUCGUGUGGUGGCAACGGUAAUCCGAUUAGAUUUGAUAAAAUUGGUAUUGGAAUAGAUAGACCUGUUGAAAGAGAUCCUAGAAUAGUUGCAGAUUACGUUUUAAGUAAAUUUUUCGUUGACGAAUUGGAUAUUUUGAGCGAUAAAAGUACUUUAAAAGUUUUAGAAGAGUUAGAAAAGAAAGGAUUGAUACCCAAAACCAAAGUAGACUUUACAUAA